AUGCACGCCAAGCUCAUCCUCUGCGCCUACAUGCUCGUCAGGGCGGUCGACGCCGCCGCCGUCGCCACCAACGCCACGGACAUGACUCUCCACGAGAGGGCAAUCGUGGAGAGCGGCCUGACCCAGGGCGAGGCGACGCGCAGGUCGCAGCGGUACAACAGCCGAGAGGUCAUCAGGGGGGUGUGCCUGACCUCGAACCAGCACUGCGCCAUCUCGAUGAUGAAGCCCGUGUUUGUGGACCCCAACUCGAGACGGCACGGCUGGGCCACCCAGGAAACGACCGCGUACUACCCGUGCCCGGAGGACAGCCCGUGCCGCGACGACAACGGUGGCAGGUACUGCGAGCUCUCGGGAUGCAACGGCAAUGAGAGGAUCACGUGCGGCAUGCGUCUCUGA